AUGGUGGUUAAUAAAAUUUCAGUUGCAGAUCUUGUUAAGUUUGAGGAGGGAGAUAGGAUUGAUAUUGGAGAGCUUGAGGAGAACAAGGAAUCUGUGUAUGCAGCGGUAAGAGAAGAAGCCUUUGAUGCAAUUGAGCAAGGCCGAAGGAAGAUGGCGAAGAAGAAAGACGAGGAUUUCUAUGAGAUUAUUCCGUCGACGAAUUUGGAGAAGUCUAUGGACAGGAUUCUUCAUGGAGAAAGAAAGAAGGAAUCAAGGGCAAUAGUCUUUGAAAAGAACCUCAAGUAUGAGUUUGAUAAGAAGAUGAGAAGGAUCAAAAGAAUAAAAAGCAAGACAUAUAGGCGUAUCCGAAGACAGAGCAAACUUAAGAGCAAGGAGGCAGGAGAAGAAAAAGAAGGGGAGGAUGUUCAUGAGGACGAAAGACAAAAACGCAUUCCAGACAUACUCCUCAAGGAGAUAGAAGAACCUGAGGAUGAGAAGACACCCAUACUCAGCUUUGGGGGAGAUGAGGAAGAGGAAGACGGCCAGGAGAAACUUGUAAGGCUUGCAUUUAAGGAUGAUAUGGAGGAGAACGAAAAAGCCUUUAUAAAGGAAAAGGCAGAGACUGUGGAGAAGGAAGCGCCAAGAAUAGAGGAGACUGUCCUUCCUGGAUGGGGAGAAUGGGCAGGUCCAGGGUUGGAGAUUGUCAAAACAAAGAGUAAUACCAUAAGAAAUGUCGUGGAAGGAAUAAAGUAUUCCAACAGAAAAGACUUCAAUAGAUCACACGUUAUAAUCAAUGAAAACAUAUCUUCUGUAGACAAGAAAUUCCUAGCAGAGCUACCCUUUGGAUAUACCGAGGGCGAGUACAACGAAAAGAUCGAUGCUUCCAUAUCCAGAGAGAGAAAUACACUUCGAAUUUUUAGAAAGCUUGUCCGAACAAAAACAGGAUAUAGAAACGGAGAAGUAAUCGAACCGUUCCACUACAACCUUGAAUGA